CGGCUCUGCGCCACAGUUUUUUUCCUUGAUAUGGCUUUCUGUAAAGGAUUUGUGGAAGAUUUAGAUGAAUCGUUUAAAGAUAAUCGAAAAGAUGACAUUUGGCUUGUAGAUGCAUUGCUUCAGAGUUUGGAGUUCGAGGUUAUCCAACAAUUAAGCUAUUAAAGGGGGACUUGGCCUAUAAUUAUAGAGGACCACGAACUAAAGAUGAUAUUAUUGAGUUUGCUCACAGGGUAUCUGGAGCUCUAAUUCGGCCACUUCCAAGUCAGCAAAUGUUUGAACAUGUGCAGAAAAGACAUCGUGUGUUUUUCGUUUAUGUAGGUGGAGAGUCACCUUUGAAGGAGAAAUACAUAGAUGCAGCUUCAGAACUAAUUGUAUAUACAUACUUUUUUUCUGCCUCAGAAGACGUGGUUCCUGAGUAUGUGACACUGAAAGAAAUGCCCGCUGUGCUUGUUUUCAAAGAUGAAACUUACUUUGUUUAUGAUGAGUACGAAGACGGUGAUCUGUCAUCUUGGAUCAACAGGGAGAGGUUUCAGAAUUAUCUGACUAUGGAUGGCUUCCUCCUGUAUGAACUUGGAGACACCGGAAAGCUUGUGGCUAUUGCAGUUAUUGAUGAGAAAAAUACAUCAAUCGAACAUACCAGAUUAAAGUCAGUUAUUCAGGAAGUGGCUCGAGAUUAUAGAGACCAGUUCCACAGGGAUUUUCAGUUUGGACAUAUGGAUGGAAAUGACUAUAUAAAUACCUUGCUGAUGGAUGAAUUGAAAGUCCCAACUGUAGUUGUACUUAAUACUUCCAACCAACAGUACUUUUUACUAGACAGACAGGUUAAGAAUGCCGAAGACAUGGUCCAGUUCAUUAAUAACAUUCUGGAUGGCACAGUAGAAGCCCAAGGAGGUGAUAGCAUUUUGCAGAGAUUGAAAAGAAUAGUGUUUGAUGCCAAAUCUACUAUUGUGUCUAUAUUCAAGAGCUCCCCCCUGAUGGGCUGCUUUCUCUUCGGUCUGCCACUGGGUGUCAUCAGUAUCAUGUGCUAUGGCAUCUACACAGCGGACGCAGAUGGAGGUUACGUAGAGGAACGAUACGAAAUGUCCAGAAGUGAAAUCGAAAGCCAGGAAGCCCCGGAGGGCAGCAGAGAACAGCAGGAGCCAAGGACUGGAGACUCGCUCGUGCCUGCUGCGCAAGAACCCAAAGACGUGUUAGAGAAGAAGACAGACUGAGACUUGACCAGUGCAGGACAUUUGAUAGGACUUCAGAUUAUUACAGAGUCUAUUUAUUGACAUUUAAUCAUGGUCUUUACAGAAGAGAACAUGCUGUUUGUAUUUUGCUAAUAUAAACUGCAUGGAUUAAAGUCUUUCCGUAAGUGGGGAGAUGUUCGGAGCAAAGAGAGGAAAUGUUUAACUAAAACAAACACAAGUCACUCCCGCAAAGUUUGCCUCGUACCUUAGAUGUUGUUACAGCAGACCGAUUCUAUUGCAUGUUUCUCUAUCUGAAUAGUCUGUUGCAGAACUAAGAUUUAUGGGCAGGGUAUUUAAAUUGGUCAGUCAGGUAGAAGAUUCAUGUUUGAUAGAGAAAAAUAAUACCUCCACCUCCUACCACCUGUUCUCCUCUUAAAUGUUGGAUAAGAUUUAUAUGGACAAAAUUAAGUCUUUAAAAUUCAGGCACUUUAAAGAAAACUAAUAACUUUUUCCACAGGUCAAUUUAAGAUUAUGAGAUUAAAAACAAUUUGGUUUUAUAUAGCAUAGCGAUUUUAUUUUAUUAUUUUUAAAGGAGAGGAAAUGUUGUUACCUUUUAACUUUAUACUUAGUUGUAUUAUAAUAAAUUUUCAUAUUAGCCUGUAGAAUAUUAAAAAAAUAGUGUUGUGUUUAGUCUUUGCAACAAUAAACUGUGUUUCCUUGGAGCAGUGACUCCAAAGCAGGCCUGGGAAUGCGCGCAGCAGGUAUCUCAGCUGUCACUGAGGAAAGGAUCUCUGUCACUCCUACCCUGUUGUAGCCUGAACAGUCUACUUUUUUUCUCUCUUUUUCUGUUUUGGGAUUUCUUCUAAAAAUUUCCUUUGUUAAGAAGCUCUUGCUGCUUUGUAAAGAGUAAUAGAUAGAGAUCACAUGUUCAUGUCACGGUAACGUAUCCAGUAUGUGUGUAUCUGUGUAUAUAUAGACACAGGUACAUGUAUACAUAUAAAAUAUAUUGACAUGUGUCUGUUUCAUGAUUCAUGGGCAUGUCUGUGUUCCUGAUGAGUAAUGAGUGACAUAAGCAGCCUGUCAACAAAAUUCAUGUCUAUUGAUUUAAGAGGUCAGCCAGUUACCUUCUUCUCCAUCCUCUCAAUUCUGUCUGCCAUAUCAGCCAGUGACCUCUCAUCUUCUCUCCAUAAUGAAAUAAUGUAGGUAUUCUAUCGCAAGUAAUGUAAAAACAUUGGUAUUUUUUUAAAGUAACAGUUUAAUAUGUUUAUUGUAGAUUAUUUUCGAGGCCUUUGUUUUAGCUAAGUUUAGGAUUUUUAUUAAGUGACUAUUUGGGUGAUUAUUCACGGAGUGAUUGAGUUGUCCAAUAUUAAGCAUAUUAUUAAACAUUUAAAAAUGUUUGUAAUCACUUUAAAACUGUGUAAUUCAUGGUCCUGAUACUGAAGUUGUGUAGGGUUUGGUUCCCCAAGGGCAGUUUUGGUCGUUUCUGAUGUCAUGCUAAUCACAACUAAAAUGAAACUCUGUAUCUUAAGAACUAAGGACUUAGUGAUAAGUGUUUAAUUGUAUCCAUGUUCUUUAUUACUGCAUAAUAAUUACUUGUUCUUGAUGUUUGGCACCUCGUUAUUAUUUUUAAUAAUGAAGCACAUAUGCAGUCACAGGGUAUUUCAGGAAAUACUAGAAUGGAAUGUUCUUAAAUGGAAAUUGGAGAUAAGUGGUGUUGAUUUAAAAAAUGGAUUCCUCUCCAAAGAGUAGCGAGGGAUUCUUUUGGAAGAUUACUGUCCCUGUUCCCAGUGGUGAAGCCGUGAAAAGUUGAGGUAAGUACGGAUGGCGUACUUGGGUCUCGGUCUAGUAAGAAGGUCAAAGCUUAGCCAUUCCCAGUGACAGGAGGAAAUUGUAGAAAGUGGCAUUGCUCUUUUCUUCAUGUUUAUCAUUCUCAGGUGUCCAUCAUCUGCAUGUUUUUUUAUCUUUCCUCAAGUAUCACCUACAAAUGAAAGACCUCAACAGGGAAAAAUCAAAAAAGAAUAAGAGCUCAGUAUGUAUCAACAAACACAAGUCCGGCAAUCUUCAGAGACUUUUUUUUUGUCUAUAAGCCAAUGCCUUAGUCUCUCUUACCUUUUUCACAACUCUAUACUGUUGCCCCGUAUUCCAUUUAUGUUUUCAAAGUGUAUCUAGCGGAAAAACAAAAUGUGUAAAUGGUUUAUAAGUGAAUAAUUUGAUCUCUUCCUUUUUGUAUUAAAAUUUUCCUUUUUUACUUGUCUCUAGGAUAGUGUCAGAGUCUUCACACAACAAAUUUAAAAUUUUUUGCUCAUUGUGUGUUUUUCCCUUUAGUGUGAUAUAUCCUGUUUCCCUGAAAAUAAGACCUAGCUAGACAAUCAGCUCUAGUGCAUCUUUUGGAGCAAAAACUAAUAUAGGACCCGGUCUUAUAUAAGGCCGGGUCUUAUAGUAAAAUAAGACUGGGUCUUACAUUAAUUUUUGCUCCAAAAGAUGCAUUAGACCUGAUUGUCCAGCUAGGUCUUAUUUUCAGGGAAACAUGGUAUCAGAGAUUACUAGGAAUGCUAUUUCAUUCCAGAAAAGUAAUAAUUCAAAAUAAAUGUAGAUUUCUGAAUGAAUCUCGUGGGAGAGCAGAGACCAUCCUAAAUUCAGUGAUAAGUCUUACUCUGAUUACCUAUCAAAAGAGGAAAUAUCCUUCAGUCUGUUAGGGUUUUUUGCCUUCACUUUUAGUUGCAAUAAAGUUCAACUUCUAAAUCUAAAAUUCAAAACCCCAGGUGCUUGCUGCUGCUGAAGCUGGUGUGCAGACAAUAUUCAAAGAUGUUUCAGAAAGAGAAAGUGCGUGUCCUGAAGCUGUGUGUCCCAUUGUAGCUUGCAGUCCUCUUUGUUUCAUUGUAUACUUGAGUAUUUCUCUAGCUACUACCUUCUGAGACAUAUUUGAGGAGGAUUAGACCUGGACUUUUCAUUUUCUUUUUCACACACAGUGUUUUCUGGUGUCUGAUUUAGAAGUAACAUUAAAAGCCAAAUAUCUAGAGGUUGAAGGAAGGGUCUGCAUGAGUAGUUAACCGAUUAGCUAUGUUGUUGUUUUGUUUAGUGGAUUUUUGUUGUUUCUUGUGUUCUGUUUCAGGGCUUUGUUUGGUGUGGGUUUUAUAAAAAGUGAUUUAAAUAUCUUCUUUAUUGCUUCAAUAUAAUAGGGAGGUAGGGCAGGAAAAAAUCACUCAGCUAUUCUUACUACGCCGAAAUUGUUCAAAUAAAACGGGGAUGUUAAGGCUAUCAGUUAAUUGAUGGGGUUAGGUUUGCCAUUUUAUUUUUAUAAAUAUCUAUUUUUUUUCUGACUGUGUCUGAGUCCAAGAGUGGGCAAACAAUAAUUUUCUACUUUGGACUAAUCUAUGAAGGUUUUUUGAAAGUCUGUAUUAGUAGUCGAAACAUGAUACCUGCCUUAAGGCACCAAUUGUAAACCUUUGUUUUU